AGUAUAAGAAUCUAUGCUCAAGGCUUCGUUCUAGAAAAUAAGAGUAUCCUACGCUACUAAUAAACGACGAAUAUGGCCGAUAACAAGCCUACACUCCACCAUUUGGAGGACUCCCAGUCUCAUCUAAUACUAUGGCUACUCGAGGAAAUGGGCAUCGAGUACAACCUCGUACUCCAUAACCGCGUAAACAAGCGCUCGCCCCCGGCCUUGCACGCGCUCCACCCCCUCGGCAAAUCGCCAACGCUAGUCACGCCCUCGGGCCGUCUGAUCACGGAGCGCAGCGCCAUCACCCUCUGGCUUAUCAACACGUACGACGACGCAGGCGCGCCGUUCCGACUACCCCCGCCCUCGCCCCCGGCCUCGUCUCCCUACGACGACGACGCCGUGCGCGAGGAGCAGCUGGUUUCGCUGGGCGGCGCCACCCUCAAUCCCCUGCUGCUCCUCAAGUUGGUGUUCGGGCAGCUGGUCGCGCAGACGCCCUUCUUCGCGCGCCCGUUGGUCCGCGCCUUGCGCUACUUUCUCGACCGCGCUUUCUUGGACGGCGAGCUGGCUACGGUGUUUGGGUUUCUGGAUGCGCAGCUCGAGGAGGAUAAGAAGGAUGGCGAUGAGGAUGGGGGGAAGACUACUAUUGCGCGCGCGUUCUUCAUGGGUACGGAGGGGCCGACGCGUGCGGACUUCGCGCUCAUGUGGUACGUCGACUGGGCGUUCCAGUCGCAGUGGGUGGAUUUCGAGAAGUACCCCCGCGUCAAGGAGUGGCAUGCUAGGUGCGCUAGUAGGCCGGCGUGGAAGAGGGCGCUGGAGAAGGGGAAUGGGUAUGAUGUGCGCGGUUAGAGAUUAUAAGGUCUGGGUACAUUAUGAAGUCGGACAUGUAGACGGGAUGAUGAAGUUACGAAUCCCAGCUCUGGCGUGGAAAGGAGUAAACUGGUAUGAUGGAAUGGUUGGCAUGAAAUAUGUGUAUAGGGGUUAAUACCUGCAAUAUAUUCGAUGCUAAACCAAGGUUACUCUAAUAUUAAUGGAUAAAUGAAA